AUGGAUUCUACCGCCAUGACCAUGGCUCCUACUUCGACCAUGUCCGGCAUGAUGCCGACCAGUACCACGGGAACACCUAGUAUGGGUGGCAUGGGCGAUAUGGAUAUGAGCUGCAAAAUCUCGACCUUGGCCCAGAAGUCCUCAAGCUCCAUGCCUAGAGAUAUUGACAUUGUCCCUGGUACGGUUAAACAUGUUCUAGCCCUACCCACUCCGCCCGGUGAAAUCUCCACGGAAGAGCAAGGUAGCUCAUUGGGGACCAAUAAAAGUGUAGUAGGCGAACCAUCUCAAAGCCCUGCACACGAUGCUGUUGAAUUCGGUCUGUACAGACCAUCUUUCGUUGAACAGAUCAUCCGCGCACUGUUGCACACCAUGCAGUUUGCAGUCGCCUACUUCAUCAUGCUCCUUGCCAUGUACUACAACGGAUACAUCAUCAUCUGUAUCUUCAUCGGUGCAUACAUCGGAUCGUUCAUCUUUUCUUGGGAGGCACUGUCUCUAGCAAAGCCGUGA